CUCAAAGGUAGUAACCCAGCUUCUCUAAUAGUUACAGUUAGGUGGUAACAGAGGGAAAGCGAGAUCUGCUGUCAAUGCCUGAAGUUAUUAAAAAAAAAAAAAAAAACUUAGCUGAAUGUGGAUUUAGGGUGUGGGUGUGUUUCUUCCAUAGUUCUGUGUAUUUAUAUUUAACUUUGCAUAUGAGAGUUAAAUACAUCUUCGAGUUGAGUGGUAUGUCUUGGCUGAAAGAAAAGACUGUCUUUCAGGCAGCUGCUUAGCUACAGGUGCUUCACGUCUGUCACCUAAUUCCUGGUUUUUGUGGUUCCCUGACUAGCAGGAUAGAAUUCAGAUCUCAGGCCUCACCCCACCUACUGUUGGCUUUUUUUAACAUGGGGAUCAGAGUGCUUGUUAAAGUUUGGGGUGCAUUCAUUGUCUUAUGAUGAUUUGUUUCUCCGAAUUGAACUAAAUGAGAGAAAGGAAAAGGUAUGCCUUGUGUUAUUUCCUACCUUUUCCUGGGCAAAUCCUAAUUUGUGCCAUCUCUUUAUCAAUGGACUGGUACAGUCGAAAGUCUUAACUCUUCUGAUUUUUUCAUUCAUCUCAAAGGAACAGGGGAGGCUCACUGAAACUGAGUCAUUCCCACUGAGUGGUUCUCUUAAGUACUCUUUAGAUGAGAAUGGAGGGUUCAGGUUCCAAGGCCAGUGUUGUAUGCCAAAGGCCAUCACCCAGCAUAUUUGGUUCUUAAGUGUGGUUCCUGGAUCGUAGGUCCAGUGGUUGGUUCUGCAGUUUUGGUUUUUGGAUAUGGUUUGUGCUGGUGACAGCACAUAAAGCUCAUUUGUAAGCUGAUUUGUAAACAGGGAUGUUCAUGCUGUUGAUAGUAGAAGCACGUAAGACGCAAACCCUUUAGUCUUAUGUGUAUUCAGUCUAUAGUUUAAAAAAAAAAAGAAAUUCUUUUUAAAAUUGCUGAAGUAACUGUAUUUUCAUUUUGAGAAAACUAUCUGCCAAGUACUAUCCUGUUAAGGCCUUGUGUUCUCUGGUUUUAUAUUUUGCAUCUGCUUGCAAACUUCAGAAAUUUAAAUUCUCAAAAUUUUUUUCUGGGGUAUGAUAUUUUAAAAUAUGUUAAGAGCUAAACAUCCUUAGCACUGGUUUAAAGUUGCUUAGAAGUUAUGCCAGUACCAUUUUUUGAAUAACUGUAUUUUUUUUAAUUGCUUUUUGACUCCUUGUAACUUAAAACCAUUAUUUUUGUUGAGCAUUUAGAGUAUGCUGAGUACCCUGAGCCUUUUAGUGUGUAUUGUUAUUUCAUUUGGACAAUAUAGCAUUUAAGAGCUGCUGUGAUUAAUUUCAUUUUACACAUGAAGAAACUGAGACAAAGAGUUCAAGUGAUCUGCCUAAAAUCACAUUUAACAAUGGGUGGAGCCUGGGUAUUGACUCACAUAGAGUCUGCGAUUGGGUGUAUAAACAGCUUUCUUGGGAGCAGUAUCUCUUGACCACCGCCCCUUCAGCCCCUACUAUGGCUUUACUCUAUAUCUUUUUGUAUUUCAAUACUUUGGAAGGCUACUGCUGUUUAUUACCUUCCCUUUUCCCACCCCCUCCAGUCCCCAAAUAACUUUAGUAGGCUUUCUAGAGUUAACAGAAUAAUUUUGUUCCCAGCCCACCUCCCCCGACUUGGCAUUGUUUUUGGAAUUCGCAUUAAACUAACUCAUUAAUUUGUGAAUUUAAGAAGAUUUUGUCCACGUGUAUGGCAUAGAAGAUGAAUUCAUCCUCCUCCACCAUGAAUGAGGAACCUGAUGCUCUCUCUGUAGUUAACCAGCUCCGAGACCUAGCCGCAGAUCCUUUAAACCGACGAGCCAUUGUCCAGGAUCAGGGAUGUCUGCCUGGCCUUAUUUUAUUUAUGGACCAUCCCAACCCCCCUGUCGUCCACUCAGCUUUGCUCGCUCUUCGAUACUUGGCAGAGUGCCGUGCCAACAGAGAAAAGAUGAAAGGAGAGCUGGGAAUGAUGUUAAGCUUGCAAAAUGUUAUACAGAAGUCUACAACUCCAGGGGAAACAAAACUGCUAGCCUCUGAAAUCUAUGACAUUCUUCAAUCUUCCAAUAUGGCAGAUGGGGAUAGUUUCAGUGAAAUGAAUUCACGUCGAAGGAAAGCUCAGUUUUUCCUGGGAACUACAAACAAACGUGCCAAAACAGUGGUUUUGCAUAUAGAUGGUCUUGAUGAUACGUCCCGGAGAAACCUGUGUGAAGAGGCCUUGUUAAAAAUUAAAGGUGUUAUUAGCUUUACUUUUCAAAUGGCCGUUCAGAGAUGUGUGGUACGAAUCCGUUCAGACCUUAAAGCAGAGGCGUUGGCAUCAGCAAUAGCAUCAACCAAGGUUAUGAAGGCUCAGCAGGUUGUGAAGAGCGAGAGUGGAGAAGAGAUGCUGGUCCCAUUCCAGGACACGCCUGUGGAGGUAGAACAGAACACGGAGCUGCCUGACUACCUGCCCGAGGAUGAGAGUCCCACGAAGGAGCAGGACAAGGCGGUGUCCCGGGUGGGCUCCAACCCGGAGGGUGGAGCUAGCUGGCUGAGCACAGCUGCAAACUUUUUAUCCAGGUCAUUCUACUGGUGACUUCCCUUUGGGGCUCAAGGACUGUAUAAGCGAACAAGGGGCCAGUUUUCCAUUGUCGUGGUGAACUGUCAAGUGCAAUUUGCAAUAAGUUAUCAUGAGAAGUUUCUAGAUCCCAUGAUUGAGAAUGCUGCAUUUUACAUUCUACCGGACAUUUUACCCCCCUAAGUGGUAAAAGGGACAGAGGCGACAGGUGGAGUUGCUUUGAUGAUGAAGGUAUUUUGGUUUUGUUGUCCUUUGUUUAAUUGCCUCACUUAAAAAAAAAAAAAGGGUCCACUGUUAAACCAAACAUGUAUUGUGCAGCUUUACAUUUUAUUUGACAUGAAGCACGUGAUUAGGAAAACUCAUUUUCUCAAGCUUCAGGGCCUAGAAGAUAAUUUUUUUUUUUAGCUCAAGUUGUGCAUGACAUACUGAACACUUUUCUCUGCCUUUUCUUGUGAAAGAUAUUUGCUUUGGUACUCUUCACUGAAAGUGGAAAGCAUUUCUCGUUAUUCCCCUUUUGUGCCUUUUUUAAAUUUUGCCAACCAUGUUUAUGGACAAGACGUUACUAAUGACAUUUUGUGAAUUAAAACAUAUUCUUUGGAACGUAGCAGUCCCCCUAAGACUACAACUCUAUGAAAACUUUGUAGUCUUACUUGUUAGAAGCUUUUGAAGGUUAACACAAAAUCAGUCAAGAAGGGAACAUGUGUAUCAGCAAAGUGUUAGUGGAGACUAUUUGAAUGGGCCCAAAUGUGGUUCUAGUUGAGUACUUCCUGCUCAGUCUGGUUUAUAUCAGCUCUUGAGAAUGAUGUCCACCCUAAUAUUGGGAGUGACUAUGAAUGGUUUCUAGGCCUUACUUUGUGAUUACACACUAUCCCCUGCUAGGGGGGGAAAAAUUAGCAAAGAACUGACAGACUUGAAAAAAGAAAAAUGGAAUGUCUAUAAUGCCAUAGUGCUACUUGGUAGAGUCCAACCUUAACAUGACUUGUUUGGCAGAUGCCUGUUCGGUAGGUGUUUCCUUAUAUUGCCUUUUGUGAAUUUAUUAUGAACAUGCAGUUUCUAUUGAAUGAAAAGAAAAAAGACUCCAGUUAUUGCUUAUAAAGAAAUAAAGCCAGCAUUUGUCCGUCCACUAGGUUCUUAUGUUCAGCCAGGAAAAAAAAAAAAAAACAGCACUUCAGUGAAGGUAAGAUAAAUAAAUACAAAUAUAUAUACAUAUAUAUAUUUUUGGUAGAUAAGAGCUAAUUACAUAUAUGUAACACUUUAAUAAAUUUCUGAAAAUACUUGGCAACUAAAAAUUUUCUUUGGGAAAGCCCACUGACUCCAGAUAAAUUUUAAUGCCAAUAUGAUUAAAAACUGAAGGAGGAAUAGGAGGAAACUGAAAACUUUUUUCAUCCACGUUAUAGCGCUGCUAUUUUACUACUUGGAGAAUGUGAUGUGAAAAUUGGACCCUGGAGGGUGUCCUUGCAUUUUCAUUGCUUCUAUUUCAGAGAAAAAACUAAAAGCAUCCAGUGUCAUUGGAGAAAAAAUUGUAAAAUAGUUCACCAACAAGAAUCUCAAGUUUAGGAAUAUUGUGACCUUAUGGAGGGAGGGGUGUUGAGAGUAUGGAGAGUGAUUACUUUUUUCAUCUGGGCUCUGAGUUCAGGUGAUGCACACAACUGAAAAUAUAAGCUUUCAGGGCAUGUACUGCUCUAAAUGCAUAUUACAUCUUGCUGCCAGACCAGAUGUUUUAAAGAAAAACAACAAAACCACCUCCUUUCUAUAGCCAUUGAAACAAAGUUUACUGUUCUAACCAGUUUGUAUUUUAUUUUGCAUUGCCACAUAUCUGCUUAUUUAAGAAACAACAUCCCUUUUGGUAGUAAUGGUUCAGCACAAGUAGGCAUUACAGCUUGAUGUGUGUGUUCUAAUUCUCAGUGUUCUGUGAUUCCAGGUCUUAUAGAGCAGUUAAGGCAACUGUAAUGGCAUUUUUUGGAAAUAUGCUGUAAAAUAAUAAAAGGUGACAUAAUUAAAA